CUUAUUUAUUUUUGUGAUAGAGUCUCCUAAAUUGAGCAGGCUGAUCUCAUUCUCUCGGACUCAAGGGAUCCUCUUGCCCCGACCUCCCAGGUGCCAGGAUUACAGGCGAUUCUCAAUCUGGGCCUAGAUUCAACUAAAGAACCCACUAAGAGCUAAAAGGCGCGUUGGAAGUGACUCUGACUUCAGUACACAGGACAUACAUGAAGUCACGUGGAGCACAGAGUAGGCCAUCAGGAAGUGUGAGAAGGAGGUCUCAGGGGACAGCUGGCGACAUUUACUGAGAUAAAGACCCCAGGGGAAGCAGGUUGGGGUAAGAAAGGGAUGAGCUGGGUUUGAGCCUAGGAGCCUUGGGCCAUCCGCGCAGGGGCAGGACGUCAGGGAAGCCAAGAGCCUGGCUGCAGCUAGAGGGAGACAGGCUGUCGGGAGGCGUCCUGCACAGCACUUGGGAGAAGCUCCUAGAAGAGAGGGCCCUCUGACUUUCUCAACCUUACUCUACUCUCCCCGCUGCUUCCGCCAUCUAGAAGCUCCCAGAAUUUCAAGCUCCAACAAGCCUACAAUAGAGGAGGUUCUCCUGUAUCCACUCCUUGGCUUUUGUGAAAGGAAAAUAAAUCUUGGGACCCCCAAAUCACUACACUAAAGGAAAAAGUCAAGCUGGGAACUGCUUAGGGCCAACCUGCCUCCCAUUCUAUUCAAAGUCACCCCUUUGCUGGCUGACAUAGAUGCAUAUCUGAUUGCCUCCUUUGGAAACGCUAAUCAGAAUCUCAAAAGAAUGCAGCCAUUUGUGCCUCACCUUCUGUUUCUUGGAAGCCCCCUUCCUGCUUCACGUCUUCCUGCCUUUGCUUCAAGUUGCCCCGCCUUUCCAGGCAGAACCAAUGUACUUCUCACAUACAUUUAUUGAUGUCUCAUGUCUCCAUAAAAUGUAUAAAACUAAGCUAUGCCCCGACCACCUUGGGCACAUGUCGUGAGGACUUCCUGAGGCUGUCACGCGCGCGUCCUCAACCUUGGCAAGUAAUUGAGAUCUGUCUCGGAAUUUCUGGGUUCACACAUUUUCCUCUCAACAUUGAGAAGAGGCUGCUGUCGCCGUUUCUGAGGACAAAACGAGAGAGUGAUGGGCUGAAGUCCGAUUAUAAAAAGGUCCAGAGACGAAAACUAACUUUUGAGUUCACCAGGGUUGCCUUCCGCAGGGCGCUGCUUUGUUCCGGCAAACCCGGGCGGAAGCUCUGAGCUGUGCCGCCUCACCUGGCGGGGCCGGAGCAUGCGCGGCUGGUUUUCAAGGCCGGCACCUGUAGCCGCAACGGCCAUUUUGGAUUAGGGCACGGAGAGAGCGGGGCCUGGAGGGGGUGCGCGGGGAGGGGGAGGGCAUCGUCGUGGGUACAAUUGCGCAGGGGCAAAGGUCGAGAGGUCGCGCUGCCGCCGUUUUAUUUGAAGACAUCGUCCAGUUCUGACUAUGGACUCGCAGCCAUCGGCCCUUAGUUUCCAUCCCCUCUAGUGGGCCCUCGGGGGCUCUACUGACCUCCCUCCUUCCCUUGGGACCGGGCCGGGGAAGCGUUCUCGGGCGCGGGAGGUUCCGCAUGCCCAGGCCUGGCCAGGGGAGGUGACCGAUCCGUCGUUGGGGCUGACACUCCCCAUGGCGCCGCCUCUGGCCCCGCUCCCUCCCCGGGACCCAAACGGGGCGGGACCCGAGUGGAGAAAGCCCGGGGCCGUGAGCUUCGCCGACGUGGCCGUGUACUUCUCCCGGGAGGAGUGGGGCUGCCUGCGGCCCGCGCAGAGGGCCCUGUACUGGGACGUGAUGCGGGAGAUCUACGGCCACCUGGGCGCGCUCGGAGUCGGAGGCAGCAAGCCGGCGCUCAUCUCCUGGGUGGAGGAGGAGGCCGAACUGUGGGAUCCGGCUGCCCAGGAUCCGGAGGUGGCGAAGUGUCCGACAGAAGCGGACCCAGCAGAUUCCAGAAACAAGGAAGAGGAAAGACAAAGGGAAGGGACGGGAGCCCUGGAGAAGCCCGACCCUAUGGCCGCCGGGUCUCCUGGGCUGAAGGCUCCCCAAGCCCCCUUUGCCGGGUUGGAGCAGCUGUCCAAGGCGCGGCGCCGGAGUCGCCCCCGCUUUUUUGCCCACCCCCCUGUCCCCCGAGCGGACCAGCGUCACGGCUGCUACGUGUGCGGGAAGAGCUUUGCCUGGCGCUCCACGCUGGUGGAGCACAUCUACAGCCACAGGGGCGAGAAGCCCUUCCACUGCGCAGACUGCGGCAAGGGCUUCGGCCACGCUUCCUCCCUGAGCAAACACCGGGCCAUCCAUCGUGGGGAGCGGCCCCACCGCUGUCCCGAGUGUGGUCGGGCCUUCAUGCGCCGCACGGCGCUGACUUCUCACCUGCGCGUUCACACUGGCGAGAAGCCCUACCGUUGCCCGCAGUGUGGCCGCUGCUUCAGCCUGAAGACCGGCAUGGCCAAGCACCAAUGGGUCCAUCGGCCCGGGGGCGAGAGGCGUAGGGGCCGGCGCCCUGGGGGGCUGUCUGUGACCCUAACCCCUGGCCGCGGGGAUCUGGACCCGCCUGUGGGCUUCCAGCUGUACCCCGAGAUAUUCCAGGAGUGUGGGUGACGGCCUCAAGUGACCAUUUAGACAUUGUGGGAGGCCCUAGAUGGGCUCAGGGGCCCGAACCUCUGCAGCGGCCUGCAGGGAGGUCCCAGAAUCCACCGCAAGAGCUGGCCUGGGGUGCGGACAGUCUGAUCUUAGGCUCUCAGCAGCCUCUUCUGCCAGCACCUUGCUCCCCGCUGCCCUGGGCUCUCCAAGGACCCCUUUGCUGAGGCAGGGCUGAGGUGAGAACCCCCCAGACCUCCAUACAGGGAAGCAAAAGCUGUUUCUCCUCCCAGAGAUGCUAAGAGGAUUGAGGUAGAGAAGAACCUUGUUUUCUCUGUUGUCUUUUUCUUUUUACUUUUUUGAUUUUUUGAGACGGAGUUUUGCUCUUGUUGCCCAGGCUGGAGUGCAAUGGUGCGAUCUCGAUUGACUGCAACCUCCGCCUCCUGGAGUCAAGUGAUCCUGCCUCAGCCACCCGAGUAGCUGGAAUUACAGGCACCCACGACCAUGCCCGGCUAAUUUUUGUAUUUUUAGUAGAGAUGGGGUUUCACCAUGUUGGCUAGGCUGGUCUCGAACUCCUGCCCUCAGGUGAUCCACCCACCUCUGCCUCCCAAAGUGCUGGGAUUACAGGCGUGAGCCACCUCACCUGGCCUUUUCUUUUUUAUUCUUUGACCUUCCCACAAUACCCAUUGUCUGUUUGUUUGUUUAUUUAUUUAUUUACUUAUUAAGACAGCAUCUUGCUCCUCACCCAGGCUGGAAUGCAGUGGUGUGAACUGGGCUCACUGCAGCCUAGACCUGCUGGGCUCAAGGAAUCCUCCUGCCCCAGCCUCUCAGAUGGCUGUGACUACAGGUGGGCAACACUAUGCCUGGCUAAUUUUUAAAUUUUUUGCAGAGAUGGGGUUCCCACUAUGUUGAUCAGGCUGAUCUCAAACUCCUGGGUUCAAGCAAUUCGCCCAACUUGGUCUCCCGAAGUGCUGGGAUUACAGAGGAGCCACCGCACUGGCCUUCAUUGUCUUUUUGCUGCACAACUUAAAAAACCAGUGACCCUGUAUUGGAUCUCGCCUGCAGUUGCUGUAUUGAUUUGAGCCCAGGCAGUGUUUUUAAGUGAUAAGAAUUAGUGAUGAAGAUUUAAAGGGAUAUUUUGCACCAAAAUCCAGGUUUCUGGCAUCUCUUGAAAAAUCCAAAGGUUUCGCAAGUUCACCUAGGCUCUCAGAAAGUCGCAGUUGUUGGGAGUUGGGCCGGAGCCAGAACUCCCAACUUACUGUGGCCUGGCCACUCAUCCCAUCAGCUCCUGACCAAGCACGAGUAGCCAUUCAUCAUGGCUUGCUUUUAGUGCUUUUGGUGUUUAUCUUAAAGUACAGCAAAGAAGAAAGGGAAGUAUUUCUUGAACCCA